AUGGAAGAUACGCACGGCGAUAUUGGCCAAGCUGGUCAAACUGAUCCGGGUCUGCCUCCUGCAGGCUCCGUUCAGGUUGACCAUGCUAAUAUGGCACCCAAAAUCAAGGAAGAUCCUGACAGUCUUCCUCCCCCUGUGGUGGGCACUCGCAUCAAGGACUUCGAGACAGAUGGCAAUCACCUUAUAUCGCGGCCAGGCGGUCAUUUCUUAAACAGUCCUACAGACCUUGGUCUGUUUGAAAAGUUCGAUCUUGCCGACAACCUUCGAAAAUGGGUAAAGACAGAGUACCCUAAGCUUAACCGAGAUAUCCAGCCAGAAGCGAUUAAUAUCAACGCAGACGACCGGACGAACUUCUUUAAUGUACUCUUUAAAGACUGGUUGAGUGCUGCAGAUAUCGAAGAUAUGCCAUCCAAGCCUCAAGACAGAAACAAAGACGACACUCGCAUCCUCAUCGGCAAGUGGUCCCAAACUUUGCCAACGUCCAAGAACAAGAGGAAGAGAGACGAGGAUGGGGAGUCGCCUACCAAAAGGCGCAAGAGAGAUGACGCUCGACGUCUGCACGAGCCAGCAUACUUCGGAGUCGGCUUAUCCUCCGGCAAAGGAGAGGACAAGGUUACAUUCGACGUGAAAGAUGAGAGCAACCAGAUCGCCGCCGCCCAGUAUGUCGAAUGGGAUACCGAUGACGAUAUCGACGAACUGAAGCGCCGUGCUCUCACGAAAUGGGAGCGCAGCGAGCGAGCCCGGAUUCGGGAGUUCAACCAAAAGCGCAUCUUCAUAUCAUCUCGAAACUACAUCAUCCGUGCUGCGAAGGCUGGGUUUGCCGAUGGGUUUCGCCCGCCUGUUGCCCUCCCAGAGGUCGUCGAACUUGCUGAACCCGAGCUGGCCUUGGCUAUUGUCAAAAAAAAAAAGGUAGUAGAGGCAUCCCUUCACUUUAGAUAA